AUGGCCGCGUCAGCGUGGUGCUGCCUGCGCUGCUGCAGGGACGGCGGGACUGGCCACAUUCCUCUCAAGGAGAUGCCGGCCGUCCAGUUGGGAACAGAUGUUGUCAUCGUGAAAAAUGGAAGAAGAAUCUGUAGCACCGGUGAUUGUUUAGCCAGCGCACCCUUACAUCGGAACAAAAGCUUCUUCGAGUUCAAAAUCCAGUCUACUGCAAUCUGGGGUAUAGGUGUUGUAACUCAGAAAGUUAACUUGAACCAGAUUCCUCUUGGCCGAGACAUGCAUAGCCUGGUGAUGAGAAAUGACGGAGCCCUGUACCACAACAACGAAGAGAAAAACAGGUUGCCGGCAAACAGCCUUCCUCAGGAGGGAGAUGUGGUGGGUAUAACAUAUGACCAUGUAGAAUUAAAUGUAUAUUUGAAUGGGAAAAACAUGCAUUGUCCAGCAUCAGGUAUCCGAGGGACAGUGUAUCCAGUUGUAUAUGUUGAUGACAGUGCAAUUCUGGAUUGCCAGUUCAGUAAAUUUUAUCAUACUCCUCCACCUGGUUUUGAAAAAAUACUAUUUGAGCAGCAGAUCUUCUGAAUGAGUUUGUUUUCAACACUUAGACUUCUGCACCAUCACACAAGCACUUACCACUUAAUAAAGCUCCCCUUCACCUAGAAACAAAAACACAUGCUGAACAGCGAGCUUCUUCUUGUUGUCUAAGAAACCCAUGUAUUCAUUAUACCAUGCUGAGGUUUGAUUUAAAAGAUCUAGGCAAUUUAUUUAAUCUUAUUUAAACAAAUAAACCAUGGGUUUGAUUAACAGUA